AUAUUUUUUGAUUUUUUGUCACAGAACAGAAUCGUGCUUUGUGCGAUCUGCCGGGUACUUUAGAAAUAAUUGCAGUUCAUGGUAUUGGUAUUUAAGUGUAAUUUCGUAUAGUAUUUAGUUAUAAAACAUGCCAACGACUCGCAAAAAAGUAAUCAAAACCGUUUACAAAGAUGAAAACGAUAGCGAGCCCGAGGAGUCCGGAGAUUUUAGCGACUCGGGUUCCGACGCCAAAAUAACUGACGUCUCCAGCUCCGAAGACGAGGAGCAAGCCGUGUCCUCAGGAGAAGAAUUUGAAGACGAAGAUUCAAAAAGCAGUAAACCCAAAAAAGCAGCACCGAGAAGAAGGCCGCAAUUUGCGAAAAACUUCAUUAAAAAGAUUCGCGAUGAACCUCCGGAUGAUUUGGGUGAAAAUUCUGCUGCCACAAAAGCAUUCUCGGUGAAGGAUUUAACCGAUGCUGAUAAACUGUUGCCUUCUUUUCUCAACCUAUCAGAAAGUGACAGCAGUGAUGAUGAAUCUCCCAGAAAACCACCGAGUAUACCUACCAACACCACCUUCUCAUCCGCCAAUGAUGCAGACAGCGACCAUGAAACUAAAAUGGAGUAUCAAGAUGUAUGGUCUAAAAACAUACCCGACAACAGUGACGAGAUUGCCCAAAAGACUUUCAAGGAAUUGGAAAUCCACAAAACCAAAAUCGAAGAGACAAAAGCCUCAAUCCUCAAUUACACGGCCAAGAAUUCAUCCCAGGCCUUUGAUGUCAAGGAUCUGUUAGCUCAGGGAGAGGAAGUGUUGCCAGAACCCCCUGAAGUUAAGAAAACUAAGAAAAAGAAGAAACAAAAUGACAGUGAUUCUGAAAUGGAGGAUUGGGAGGAGGUGAAAGAGUCAAAACCACUUCCAGCUUCCGGAUUGCAGGUGGUAGUUGACUUCCCCGAUGCUGUCCACAGGAAAUCUAAAAAGCUAGAUGUUGAGAUGAUGAUGAGGAGGAAAAUGAACAGGGUUAAAAAAGAGUACCAAGUGUACAUGCAUAAGGUCCACGUCUUGUGCUGGCUGGGCCACGGAAACUAUGUAAGCUCCGUUUUAAAUGACCAGGAAAUAAUGAGUGCAGUAUUAACGCUAGUCCCAUCGAAAGAAUGCUACCCGGGUGAAAGAGUUGAUGUAAAAUAUGUUGAACAGAUCACUAAAUGGUUAAAGAAUAAAAUGACUUUAGUACAAGAUAAGCACGAGAACAAAUUCAAGCCUAAAUCGCCCCCUCUUAAGGAUAUCUUGUUGAAAGAGAUCAAGAACAAAACAGUUUCAACUAAGAAGUUUAUGUUUUUCAUUUUUGUUAGCAUGUUAAGAGCUCUCGGUCUACAGUGUCGAGUCAUGUUCAAUUUUGUAACAUUGCCAAUUAGGCCGCCUAGUUCCGAACUCUGUUCUCUAUCUACCAAGGAAAAAGAAGAAAAGCAAAAUGCGGAACCUAAAAAAGAAGAUACAAAAAAAUCUGCUCAGAAAAAAUCAUGCAAAUCGAAGAAAAAAUCAAAACAGAUACCACAAGUUGAUGGAAACUAUGAUAGUGACAUGGAUGUGGAUGAUAUAUAUUUUAGUGAUACAAACAUAAUGCAAGUUGAUGGCAAUGAUGAUGGUAAUAUUGUAGCUAAAAGUCGUAAAACUAGACGAAGUAAAGCAUCUAUAGCUAUAGAACCCACAGAAAAAGAUGAGGAUGUUUCACCACCUAAAAGGGCAAGAAGUGCUGCCAAUCCCUUAAAUUCUGAACCUUCGAAAAGUGUAUCCCAAGAUAAAAUUCUACCAAAGAAGAGAAACAGAAAAGCCAGUGAAGAGAAAUCUAAAGCUCAAGAAACAAAACCGGUCAAAGUAGAUAAAAAUAAAGCUUCACCAGCUUCUAAGACACUUUCUUUAAAUAGACGUGGCAAAACUAUUAAAGAAACUGAACCAAAAGAAAGCAAAAAUGAUAUUUCAACUACUUUACAAGAAAAUUCAAGUAAAAAGGAUACAACUGCAAAACAGACUGAUCCUCCAAAAAUUAUUGUAACUAACGAAAAUAACAAGGCAGUUAGUAGUAAAUUCUUUGAAAGUAAUAGCAGUGCUGAAUCUAGCAAAUCUGCUACACGGAGCCGAUCUAAAACUGCAGACGUAAAAAACGUACGAAAUGCUAAAGAUUCUGUAAAUAAAAAUACUAAGUCUAGGUCAAAGAGUGCUGGCACUUCGGAAACUAGUAAAUAUUUCAACGACAGUGCAAAGACACCAACUAAAAUCGUUCCUAAAAGAACUAAGAAGACAGUUAGAGAUCCUGAUGAUGAACUUAGAGUGAGUCACCGAGAUCUUGCGCCGAAAAUAAAGACAUCUCCUAAGAAUGAUGUGGCUUCUACACUGAUUGCAAUCAUGAAAGACAGAAUGGAAGAGUCGAUGAAUAAUGUGAAAGCGAUAAAGAAGAAAACGAAAACUGUAAAAGGAAAAUCAAAGACCAAAGGCGACAGUGAUUACGAACCUGAAGCAGCGAGUGACGACGAUUUCAAACCGACCAAAAUCAGUCCGAAGCCAAGUGGCAGUCGGAAGAUCGACCGGCGCGUGUUGUCCACUGAUGACGAGGCGCCUAGAGACAAGACGGAUGUCUGGUGCGAAGUGUUUGUUGAGGAGUUGGAGCAGUGGAUAGCUGUCGAUGUGGUGAAGGGGCAGGUUCACUGCACUAAUGAGAUUUAUAGCCGAGCGACCCACCCCGUCUGCUACGUAGUCGGUUGGGACAACAACAACUACCUCAAAGACCUGACGCGUCGCUACGUGCCUCACUGGAACACCGUCACCCGCAAGCAACGAGCCGAACCCGUCUGGUGGGACACGGCUAUAUCGCCUUGGAAAGGACCAAGAACGCCACGGGACAGAGAAGAGGAUGAGGCUCUGGAUAGAAUGCAGUUAGAUGCCCCCUUGCCUAAGAGCAUAGCUGAAUACAAGAACCACCCUCUCUACGCGUUGAAGCGUCACCUAUUGAAAUACGAGGCGCUGUACCCGCCCGACGCGGCGACGCUCGGGUUCGUACGCGGCGAGGCGGUGUACGCUCGCGACUGCGUCUACAUCUGCCGCUCCAGAGACACCUGGCUCAAGGAGGCGAAGGUAGUGCGGCUGGGGGAAAAACCGUACAAGGUCGUCAAAGCGAGACCCAAGUGGGAUAAGCUAUCCAACAAGCUAAUAACCGAUAAACCGCUGGAAAUAUUCGGUCCAUGGCAAGUCCAAGACUACGAGCCGCCGGUCGCCGAGAACGGAGUCGUGCCUCGCAACGCGUAUGGCAAUGUCGAGCUGUUCAAGGCCUGCAUGUUGCCUAAAGGCACCGUGCAUAUCAAGCUGCCCGGCCUAAACAAAGUGGCCAAGAAGUUGAACAUAGACUGCGCGCCAGCUAUGACAGGCUUCGACUUCAACGGCGGCUGGUCGCACCCCGUGUACGACGGCUUCGUCGUCUGCCAAGAGUUUGAGGAGGUCAUCACGCAAGCCUGGCUCGAGGACCAAGAAGAAAUGGAAAGGCGCGAGAAAGAAAAAACCGAAGCAAGAGUGUACGGCAACUGGAAGCGGCUGAUCAAGGGUCUCAUGAUCAAGGAGAGGCUCAAACUGAAGUACGGGUUCGAGGAACCUAGCACCUCGGACAAAGCCAAGGGCUCUAAAGGACCUAGGUUUGUGACGAAGAAGAAAAAGUGAGGUGAAAAUGUAAGAAAAGAGACGUGAGAUUACUGCAGAUGGUGUCACUUUACACACAGUCAACACCAAUAGUAGCGGAUAAUAACGCGCCAAAUGUAUAUGAUAUCUUAUAUUUGGCGGCCAGAAAGGUACGACAAAUUUCUUUCGACAGAAAUUGCCAGCUUUCGUGAAACAUAUCUUAAAUCCUGUUGAAUUAUGGUUUUAUACAAAAAAACGUGCGUAUGUGGUCGAGAGCUCUAAUAGGGCUACAUUUAAAUUGUUUUUACCUCUCUGAUGAAAAACAUGCGCGUCCACAUAUGGAGUGUGCACGAGAAAACGUCCCACUUUGUCGAUUGCUAUAAAGCCGCUUUUUCAGUAUAAAAAUACAAGUAAAUCUCGCCUUAAUGGUAACUGACAAAGUGGGACGUUUUACUAAACACACUCACAAAUUAUUAUGUAGAGCAAGGCACGUCACGAGGCAAGGUUCUCGCGCGUCAAUUUCCAAAGGCGACUUGCCUCGGUUGUCAAAACUCGCAGGCAAGUCUCGGCCCCCUUCUGAGGCACGUCUACGUUAAACAUUUAGAAUAGAAUAGAAUAAACAUUUAUUCGUGAACACAGGCAAGACAAAAUACACAUAAUAACAACAAGACAGAAAAUAAUGAAGUGCCACGAAAUGGCCUCAUCUCAGCGUGUUGCUGGUGACUUCCAGCGCAUUUGCAUCACGAAUACAUUGCCUUGCACUGUGUGGAUCCGCCUAAUGAUAUAAACCGUCUCCCACUCCCACCAGUGAUAUAGUAAAAUGCGCAAUAUGAAUUAUGAAGCAUUGCCAGUGAACUAUUACCGCCUAUACACGUUAAUUAUGUAUUAACUUUUGAGGUUGUUAAACUUACUUUAAUAAUUAGAAUUAAGUCACCCUUUUGUUUUUGUUAUUUGUUUUAAUUAUUUCUACGGGUAUUGAUUGAAAAGUAUAGUAAGUGUAAUGCUUUAAUUUUUGCGGAUUUUUGUUGAGAUUCGUCAGUUAUCAUGUAAAUGUUGAAAUGCUCGUUUUAAUUAUGUUAUGCAUGAUUUUUUUUUAAUUGAGUAAUGUAAUUACAAUUAUUUCUUUUAAUUAAAAGUUAUAAUUUUACAUACUUUGUUUAUUUUAGUAAGUAUGACGCCAAAAUCUACAUAUACAGGCUGCUCCUAUUACGUUUGGCUAUACUCUGAGGGUAAAAGGGGGUUGGGGAUAUUUCGGUGAAUCACAUGUAUUUUUUUUUGGAAUAGCAUUUUUUUAUAAUUUCAAGUUUGGCCCCUUAGUAAAAGUUAAAUCAUUAGUAUAGGUGAAAAACUUAAGAAAGUCACCUGUUGUAUGUGUGAGUGACGUGUUCGAAUAGGCGUUUGUU